AUGCAAACAACUUUCAUUGAAGAAAAUAUUAAUCAUGAACAAAUAGAAGAUCUCUGUAAAUUUAUUGAAUCUCAACCGUGCAAAUCAUUAGAAUUUCGUCGAUGUAAAAUAUUAGAUUCUGAUUUUGAUGAACUAAUGAAGAGUUUAUCGAAAAAUGGUGAAUCCAUUGUUUCGCUUAUAUUUAAUAUUCAAAUGAUUAAAGAGAAAAAACGUUUUAAACGAUUCACUCAAAUGUUAUCUCAUUGUCCGAAUCUGAUCAAUUUAAGAGUUCAUGGUAAUGAUAUCGAUGAUGAUAUGUUUACUCAACUCGUUUUAAGUUUAAAUGAAAACUGUUAUCAAUUAAGUUCAUUAGAUGUUGGAGAUAAUAAAUUAACAAAUAAAUCGAUGUCUAAUAUUUGUUCAUUAAUUGUUCCUGAUGAAAAUAAAACAGGUUUGGAAGAAUUAAUUUUAAGUGCUAAUCAAUUGAUUACAAAUGCUGGUUGGACAGAGCUUUUCUUUUCAAUAGCUUUUAGUUCUCGCAUUCGUCGAUUAUCAUUUGAUUAUAAUAUUUUCGAUAAUUCGACUGCAGCUAUGCUUAGCAUGCUAAUUGCGUCAAGUCGAACAUUAACAUAUCUAGAUUUAGAAUGCUGUAGUUUAACAGAAUUUGCUGGAAAAUUAUUUUUGGCUCUAUUUACAAAAUAUCCAGUAAAACUCGAAGAGAUCUGCCUUGAUCAAAAUCCAUUGAUACUGGAUUCAACUCGCACAUUAAUAAAUGAAUGCCUUGGUUUGAAAUCAAGAUCGAAUUCUAUUUCAAGUCAUCAACCAUUAUCGUAUUAUUUACCAAUUGAUGAUGAUGCAUCAACUAUCGCCAGUGCAAUAAGUGAAAAACUUUCUCCAGUAAAACUCAGAAGGAAAAAGAGAAGAUCUAAUAUGAACCGAUCUCCCAGAGUCGUUAUAAAAGAAGAAACCAAACCUUUUACUUUAAAUGAGAUAAAAGUACCAAAAAAACGAGCUGAAAUAAGAAACAAAGAAAACAAAGAAGAAGAAUAUAUUGAAGAACUUUUACCCAUUGAACCUGAAUCAUAUGGUACUGUAGGACGUUUGCCAAGUUGGCAUCGAUUAUGA